GAACAAAAAACUCGUUUAGUUUCUUCAGAACAGCCAAAGUGAAACACACGGAAACACCGAGAGCACACGGUAGCGUUAGCUUUUCUUUUGUUAGAAGGUAGUUUGAAAACUGGUUUGGUGUUUUAGGUAAAUAUUUCCGUAUUUGCAAUAAAAAUGUCUUCAGUUCAGCCUCAGAUAGAGUUUAUCAACGAGCAGGUAACUGCUGCUGAAGAAACAUUCACAGAGUUUAAAGAAAUCAAAGUCAAGAUCGAGGAAGAGAUGGACGAUCAGACAGAAAUAAAAGUUAAGUCUGAAGAAGAGAUGGAGGAUCAGCGCAGACAGCUGGGUUUCACCCGGAUACCGAAGAUCAUCUUACACCGGAUAGAUCUUCCACAAAACUGUGUGUGCAAAGAGGAGGAGGUUCUCAAUGAGCCCAGCAACCAGGAAGAGAACUCCACUUUAGAUCAAGAGGAACCAGAACCUCUGCAGAUGAAACAGGAACAAGAGGAACCAGAACCUCUGCAGAUGAAACAGGAACAAGAGGAACCAGAACCUCUGCAGAUGAAACAGGAACAAGAGGAACCAGAACCUCUGCAGAUGAAACAGGAACAAGAGGAACCAGAACUUCAACAGUUCAAAGAGGAAGAGAAUCAACUCUGCAUCAGUCAGGAUGAAGAGCAUUUUGUGCUGAAACAGGAGACUGAUGACAUGUUGGUGAAUCCUUCUGAUGUGCUAAAAACAAACAAUUCACAAAAAAUGCACAAGAAGGCUCACCCAGACAAAAAAAGAUAUUCUUGUAAAAUCUGUGAUAAAACCUUUUCUCAAAACAGUUUCUUGACUGCACACUUGGUAACUCACACAGGAAAGAAGCCUUUUACAUGUUCAACUUGUGGAAAAGGUUACAAUCAAAAAAGUGGUUUAAUGUAUCACAUGAAAACUCACACAGAUGAAAAACCGUUCACAUGUGUUACUUGUGGAAAAGGUCACCGUCAAAAAAGUGCCUUAAAGAGUCACAUGAGAACUCACUCAGUUGAGAAGCCUUUCUCGUGUCUAACCUGUGGAAAAGAUUUCACUGGCAAAACAGUCUUAAAGAAUCACAUGAAAAUUCACACAGGUGAGAAGCCUUUCUCAUGCAUGUCCUGUGAAAAACGUUUUGUCAAUAAACACAGUUUAGUUGUUCACAUGAGAAUUCACACAGGUGAGAAGCCUUUCUCGUGCAUGACAUGUGGACGAGGUUUCUCUCUAAAAGGUAAUUUAGUUAUUCACAUGAAAGGUCAUACUGGAGAGGAGCCUCUCUCAUGCACUGCUUGUGGAAAACGUUUCCUUACCAAGUCUUGUUUAAACAUUCAUAUGAGAAUUCACACAGGUGAGAAGCCUUUCUCAUGCACAACCUGUGAAAAAAGAUUUGCCUAUAAACACACUUUAAGUAUUCACAUGAGAACUCACACGGGGGAGAAGCCUUUCUCAUGUGUAAUCUGUGGGAAAGGUUUUGCUCAAAAAGGUGGUUUAGCCACACACGUCAAGGGUCACAUGGGAGAGAGGCCUUUCAGCUGUAAAACUUGUGGGAAAUGUUUUAGUCAAUCAUCUCUUUUAACUAAUCACAUGACAACACACACGGCUGAGAAACAAUUCUCAUGUGUGACCUGUGGAAAGAGUUACAGUAAAAAAAGGAAUUUAACUUAUCACAUAAGAAUUCACACAGGCGAAAGGCCUUUCUCUUGUGCCACUUGUGGAAAAAGUUUCCGAGGCAAAUCUAAUUUACGUUAUCACAUGAGGACUCACACACGUUAGAAGCCUUUCUCACAUUGGAACCUGUCGAAGGUUUCAGUCAGAAGUUUAAUUUAUCACAAGAUAAUUUAUCCAGUAUCAUGCAGGAUUAUUUCCCCACUACCAGCUUUGCAUAAUAUAAACCUGAAGCAUCAAGGUGUUCAGUAACUUGCUGUUGGGAAGCAGAGUAAUUACAACUGGAUCACAUUUUUAUAACUGUCGCAGCUUAGUUUAAAACGCUUUUCAAAUAGUAAGCUUUGCUAAAAUACUUGGGAAAAUUCUCAUUGGUGACCUGUCCUGGGUGCACCCUGCCUCUCGGCUGUAACGUUAGCUGGAGAUAGGCACUAGCAACCCUCCUCACCCCACUAAGGGACAGAGGUGUACAGAAAAUGGAUGGAA